UGGUGGGUUUCUUUUCUUUCUUCUUCUCCGUAAAAAUAUAGACCAUAAAUGUGACAGAGAGACUGAAAAUUGUUUAAUGUUGAAAACUGAGAAGAGACAAAGCCAUUUGAUUUCAGUCCUUGUUUCCUUGAAAAUAAUGCCUGGCAAGUUUUUACAGGAAGAAAAGUUUUCUCCUUUGUACACAUAAACACGAGCUAAUGCAUCUAAAUUGCGGGAGUUUGCUUAUAGUUUCCGUUUUAACUCAACAUUCAUGGGUUUAAGCUGUCAUUAUAUCGGAGAUCUCUUUAAACAUAGGUCUUAAUAUUUCUUCCUUUGAAAGAAGGAGUUCUCCAGUUGGAUGGGUUCCAUGGUAGAAGCUUGUGCAGAGUGCAGGAAGAAAUGCUUACUCUGUCAUGUGAAGAGGAGAAAAUCAACGCCUCUUGUUUCAUCUUUCUUUAAAGUUAUGAUUACGAAAAGGUUUUCUGAAGUUUUGUUCUUACCUCCUAAAUUUGCUCCUACGGUGUCAACACUAAUUGACAAAGAAAUCCCCCUUGAGGAUUCAAGUGGAUUGCAAUGGAAAGUAAAAUUAACUAUCCUGGAAAAUUCUCUUGCUUUACAUCAAGGAUGGGAUACAUUUGCAUUUGAUCACGGGUUGGAAGUUGGAGAUUUUGUGAUAUUCCACUAUAUUUUGGGAUCACACUUUGUUGUUCAGAUCUUUGAUAAAACUGGGUGUGAAAAGCUAGAUUUCUCUGGGAAUAAAAAUCUGAAGAGAAAAAGAGCUAAAGCUGAUAGAAAGUCUACUAAAAAAUGUGGCCCAUGCCAUUCAACUGAUAAAGGUUCAAUAGGCAAACAGGGAUCAAAUUCUUCUGCUUUCUUUGACUCAAAUGUGGAAAUUAGUCAAGGUCAAUGCAAGAUAAAUGAUGCAAUAAACAUUAAGAUGGCGAUAUGCGGUACUUCAAAUGAUGAAAAUGGGGUUGCAAGGCCUCAAGCUGUUUCUAAAGCAGAAUUCUUUGAAGAGCCAUUCUCCAUAAUCAAUAGAGAAGUUGGUGACAAAGAAGCAGCAUAUCGAACUGCAAUAUGUGACUUAUCUAGUCUGGAAAUGUUGACAUACAACUUGGACAUUGAUAGAAACAACAAAAUCCUAGUAGGAGCUAAAAAAUCCUCUCAUAAUGCCGAUCCAUCUCUUAAUUCUAAAAAUGAAGUUGGCUCAGAUUGUAAAGGAUCACUAAAUAGUGUGCCUUUGCUUGCUUCAAAGUCACCUCCAAAACCAAAAAAGAAUUUAGGGAGCGACUCUAAGUGGUCCAAUGGAAUACACAGGAGAUGCCAGACUGAUGAGAGAACAGAAAAGGUACAAUCAAGGAAGAAGCCAGAGGUAAUCAAAAUGGAGCAGGAUGACCCAGUUUUUAUUUUACCUAAGGGAAGCAAUGAUAAAGUUGAUGGAGUGAUGAAGCUCCAAGCUACCAACACAAGAAUUUUACCAAGUGCAGGCAGUGUCUCUUGUUUGAUUGCAGCCAACAAGCGACCUUUUCUUGAAUUGCCAGCAGCCUUGCCAUCAUCUUCUAACAAGAGAAGAACAAUAAAAGAAAGAAGAGUGGUGCUUCUCAAGGACCCAGACAUGAGGCAGUGGCCAGUGCUCUACCAUGAAACACCUAAAUUGAAGCUUUUGAUGAGCGGAUGGGAAGAUUUCUGCCAGGCCAAUAACAUUCAGCCUGGAGAUGAAUGUACUUUUGGAAUUGAGAGUGAAACUAAGGGUAUAUUUCGAGUCAGCAUUGCUCGUAGCUCACAAGUAGAUUGAGUUGCUUUGCACCCCAUCAAGCCUGCGUAAUAGGCCAUUUAUAUUCUGUAGAACUUAAAGAAUUGCAAGAUCAAUAGUGUUAUGAUAGGAUGACAUUCAAUUGAUUUCAGUACUUGGAUGAA